AUGACUUACCCUUUGACGAAGAAAAUCAUCAAUAAUGUGAACGAAAGCCAGCAAGAGAAACAGGUCACCACGGUUUCGCCGUUGGAUCCGGGGGAAUCAGAUGUUGGAAAACUAGAACUCCCUGAGAAUUUUGGCGAGGUCGUGAAAGGAAUUUACCGUUGCGCGUUUCCCCAGCCCUGGAACCUUCCGGCGCUCAAAACUCUAGGGCUGCGAACCAUAAUUACCCUCGUUGAUGAGCCCUACACACAGAGCCACGAGAAGUUCCUUGAAGAAACUGGGAUCACCCAUCAUCGUAUUCCAUUCAUCGCGAAUAAGGACCCUGCUAUCAAAACGCCAGAGCGUGUGGUGAACACCAUUCUGAGAUUGAUGCUCAAUAAGUCCAACCACCCUAUCCUCAUCCACUGCAAUAAAGGAAAACAUCGUACAGGGUGCGUGACUGCGUGUUUUCGGAAGCUGCAAGGAUGGGACAGGCAAGAUAUCAUGAAUGAAUAUAUCCGUUACUCUCGCCCAAAGCAGCGACUUCUGGACGAAGUAUUUAUCGAUGAAUUUGACCCCUCUGCACUCUCUCAUUUGGCUCAGGCUUCUGGCGCGAUGUCCUGGGAACUCUCAGGGACCUAUGCCAGUAUUACGCAAGAGGACAAGAACUCGCCAGAGAACCUUAUUCAGCCCCCUCGGAAUGGGAUUCGCGUCGCUUCAUGA